CACCACCACCACCACCACAACAGUAUACUUCCAAAAGCAAAUCCUACUCCUCGAUCUCUCUCAUAUUUAUUAAUUGUGAGAAUAUUUAACCAAAAGCAAAUCCUACUUCUCUGCUUUCAGUACCUCCGAUCCCUUAUAGCUUCUCCGUCCAUUUUACUAUCUUCAUUCUCAAUUAAUAAAAUACUUUCCCUUUUUCAUGUGCUGCCUUUGAAAACCUCAUGAUGGUCUCUUCAAUCUCUUUGAUGAUCGGUGAUCAGUUUAAUUUGCAGAGGCAAAGGUAUGUACUUAUUAUUAGCUAGCCAGGGCAGCAAGCAGGAUUAUUAUUGUAUAAUUAGUCCAAUGUAUGAAUAACAAUCCCUACUCCCAGCAGCUGCUCAGGAACCAGCAUUGCAUGCACAUCUCCAAAUUUCACUCUUACCCUCCAUAUGAUAAAGACCAUAUAUAUUCCAUCUAUUUUGACCACAAUACCCGCCGGCCAAUCAAUCAAAUUUAUAUAAUUAUUAUUAUAUCGAUCAGUAUAUAUUACUAUAUAUUAUUAUCCAUCGAUUCCAAAUGUUAAACGCUGCCGGAAACAACUGCUGGGAAUUCUCCAAUCAUCAUCAUCAUUGCCAUGCUGACUGUCGAAUCGAGGACGAGAUAUACACCUCUGAUGAGUUCCGGAUGUAUGCAUACAAGAUCAAGCGUUGCCCGAGAACACGAAGCCACGACUGGACUGAGUGUCCCUACGCCCACAGGGGGGAGAAGGCCCAGAGGCGGGACCCCCGCAGGUUCCGCUACUGCGCGAUCGUCUGUGCAGCAUUCCGUGACAGCGGGGGAAUAUCCUGCCCCAAGGGCGAAGCUUGCGAGUAUGCGCAUGGCGUGUUCGAGUACUGGCUCCACCCCACGAAAUAUCGGACCCGUGCCUGCAAUGCUGGCAAGUACUGCCAGCGGAAAGUCUGCUUCUUCGCUCAUUCCCCUGACCAGCUCCGGCCACAGACCAAGGACAACAAGCAUCAUCGGCCCCAAUUCACCUACAGGCGCACUGCACCUUGCCCUCUGGACGACGAGUACAGCUGCAGGGAUGGCUCUCCACUGCCGAGUGAUCUAGCGGCAACACCCGAUGAUUCUAUGAUGACGACGACAAAGAAUGGUAAGGGUGAUGAUGUUGAUGAGGAGGAUCAGGAAUUGGCGAUCGGCGAGAUUUCAGAUAAUCUGAAGAAGAACUUGAGGGGGUUGGUUGCAGGGGGGUCAGGACGGGAUCACGACAGUAGUACUAAUAAUAAUAAGGUAAUUAAUCGUGUCUACAGGGUCGACAGCGAUGGAGGCUGCUGUGAUCAUCAAAGGGUUAGAGGGUUAGGGUUGGAUGCUUUAUCGAGCGAUGAAGAGUUGCAGCGCCUCGGUUGGAUCUCGGAGCUGCUUGAUUGAUUUGAUUUGAACUGUUAUCAGUACUUGACAAGAUGGGAUUAUUGAGAGAGUUUCGAUAUUUGAGACGUGCUAGCUAGCUAGCUGGUUCUUGGGCGUGUUAAGAGAGGAAGGAUAAUGUGUACCGAUUAGGUGUCCAUCCUAUAUAUAUAUAUAGAUAGAGCGUACGAACGUGUGUGAUUAUUUCUCGACCGUUAAUACGUAAUUGGAGUGCUUCUAUAUUGAUCC